AUGUCCUCCGACACAGCCAGCGCAACCGAAACGCCCAGCGCAUUAGAUGGCUUCGAGCAACGCUUGCGCCAGCGAGCAGCCGCGGUCAAAGCCGACCCAUUACAGACUGUCCCCGUGCAAGCCGACCACCAACCGCGCGGAUUCAUCCCGAAUACGCCCCUCUCCGUCGCAUUCAUCUCGUUCCUACUCGGAUCGUUGUUCGCGUUCGGGUUGCUCCUCUUCGCCACCAAUGGCUUCGGGCUGUUCUGGUGGUCGACCAGCCAGCUGGGCUUCUUCAUCGCGGCGUGGUCCGCGUUCCACUGGGGCGAGUUCGCGGUGACCGCGGGUUGGAAUCGAGAGAAAUGUAGCGUAGACUCUUUCUUACUUGAGAACGGAGCGAUGUACCACGUCGCGCACUCUGUCGCGCUAACCGAGUACCUCAUCACUCUCUACUUCAAACCAGAGUGGAAACACCACCAAUAUGUCACCUUGGCCGGCAUAGCCAUGACCGUCGCUGGUCAAAUAUUGAGGUCGGCAGCUAUGAUUCAGGCGGGCACGAACUUCUCCCAUGUGCUCGCGUUCCGGAAGGCGCAAGGGCAUGUGCUAGUCACCGACGGGAUCUACAGAUGGUUCCGGCAUCCCUCAUACGCGGGCUUCUUCUACUGGGCGUUGGGCACCCAGCUCGUGCUCCAGAAUCCCGUGAGCUUCGUCUUCUUUGCAGCAGUACUGUGGCGGUUCUUUCACCGGCGCAUUCGAGCGGAGGAAGCGUACCUGAUACGUUUCUUCGGGGUCGACUACCAGAACUACAAACGUUCCGUAGGCACGAAGAUUCCCUUCAUAUUCUAGACGUCUUAGCUUGCUGUCCAAUGGUGAAUACUUCGACUCACUGUACCUGAAUUAUCAUACCAUUUCGUUGCCG